AUGGGGAAUGGUUUGCAGGUACCAUCGUCGCGGUGUCCGACGGGUACCUGCAAUGGUGGCUGGAUGAAGGAGAAGGCUCUUCGGAGCAAAGGUGGUUCUCCUUCCACGUCUGUGCCAAGUCUCCGGCCACUUGCAGGGGAUCAAAAGGGCACCCCGACAUGGAGUUCCACUUUGAGUCCCUACUGGAGCAUCCCCCUUGCGGAGCUCGGGACCUCCCUGCAGCCACCAUGGCUUACCCAACCCGCUGCGGCGGCAGAUCUAAGAUGGGAGCUAGAUCGCUUGGGUGGCCAGCCAACAGCACCAGCUGCGGCUGAGGCAAAAGGGGGGAAGAAAGAGCGAGAGAAGGGUCUCGCAGCACCCUCAUGGGGUGGCCCCCCUGGCGCGGAGGCGCAGCCUCCGGGGCUUGCCGCAGAGCUCGACGACCUGGCCAGAGAUCUCAAGGAUCCUGGGCAGGGUCGGAGGGAUAAGCGGAAAAAUCGCCGAGAUCGCUCCCCGGAGCGGCGCGCCAAAGAACCCCGUGCGCGGGAGAGAGACUCAGGGCCAGCAGCGGAGGCGGAGGCCGCACUCGAGAAGAAGCGGAGGCGCUGGCUGGACCCGGGAGGUCACCAAAGCGUCUCUUCUGAGUCAGAGAUGAGAAGGGGUGGGAGCCCGAUAAGGAGACGGUCUGAGGACCAGAGCUCUCCCAAGGAAAAGAAGAAAAAAAAGAAAAAGAAGAGGAGUCGGUCCAGAGAGGCGGGCCGCAAAGCCGACCGAGGUCCCUUUGGGGGCGGAGUCAAGGUCGAUCUGGGCGAAGAUGGGUCUUCAUCAGACUCGUCUUUUCGCGAAGCCUCCUCGUCUCGCGACCGUCAGCUGCAGCUCCUGGAGUACUCGGAGAGGUACCCGGGGCGGCUGUCGGCUCGUCUUCUGCAGAAGAUGCGAAUGCUGCUCGCACGGGACGGGGGGGCGCUAAACUUUGCAGCCCGGGAAGACCCAGCGCCACCGGUGGCGACGAGCUACCUCCUCACGAUCAUGGUGCCGGAGUACAGGGCAAAGGUCGGAGUUCGCCUUCUACGGGAACUCAAGACCCUGUGCAAGGCGCUGGACCUGGUGGUCGAAGGGGAAGCGCGGCGCGCCGCAGACCUUCUCGCGCAAAGAGUGAAAGCGAUCGAAGCAUCGCUGGCCGGCGAUCACUGGCUGAAAGCACAGUUCCUGGAACUGGUGCCGCGGGAAGGAAGUCUCCUGAUGGAGACAGACGAGGCGGUGAUGGCGGCGAGGCAGCUGGCCCUGGAGACCAAGGUGAAGGAAGCAGGCCAGCGGAACUGGGGCCGGGGCAAGGGGCAGUGGUUCGCCCGCCCGGACGACAACGAGCCGCCACCGCUCCGGACCACGCCCCCCGAGGGGGAGAAAGGCAAAAAGGGCGAGGGCAAAAAAGGGGCCAAGACCAAGCAGAAGGUCAAAAAGGAGGUCAAAGGCGGCAAGCCGCCAGAUGAUGAUCCGCCGGGCAACCCCGAUGAUGAUGGGGGUCCUCCUGAUGAGUGGGACGAAGAAGAAGAAGGUGAGGAGGAGGCCCCGGCGGAUGACCCCGCCGUAGAAGAACGGGGUGCGCCCCAGGGCUCAACACCGGCUGCGGCCGAGACUUUGAGCCCGGGCCAAGAAGAGGAAUGGGAUGAUGAAUUGCUGGAGGCCCUUGGGGUCAGCGAAGAUGAGGACACCCUGCGCGACUCCUUGGAGCAUGCUGCCAAGCAUGCGGCGACAGGGUGGUGGAACCUCAGCCACUUGCAAGCGGCGGUCCGCCGCCUUUUGGGUACGAAGCCCACCUGGGAGCAGUUUCUCGAGUGGUUCAUGAAUGAGGGCAGGCGGUUCCCUACUCCUCUUGGUUCGUUCUUCCGAAGGAUGGAGGAGACCGAGGCAGCCCCCCCGGGCGCGGAGCCCACCAGGGAACAUGACCUGCUCUCUAUCCAUGUGGAUGCCACUUGCAACAUUGAAGUUGUGGAGAACUGUUCCCCGGUGGUGCUGGAGACUACCCUGCACGCCCUCAACUUCCACUACUGCUGUGGUUGGAUCAGCCCUGUGUGCUGGGCGCCGCCCGAAGAAGUCACCCCACGGCAGGCAGAGGCGGUGAAAGGGAUCGCGAAGAUCUGCGCCGGGUGCUUGGGCCGUGGCUUGCCUCUGGGAGGACCGGCCGAGGCCGAGAAGAUCCUCUCUAGUCGCUCCCGUGACUAUGAAGGCAACAUGGUGGAGCGAGUGGGGGAGAUCCAAGCGGAUCUGGUGAUCGGUGCAUGGCCCAAUGUUGGGGAGGCGGCGGUUGCUAGCGUCGUUGACUUUUUGACGGGUGAGGCCCUCCAUGCAGUGAUCUCGCCGAAACCUCACUUCAAGAGGGGAAGCGACCAGCCGAGGACCUCCAAGAGGGGUAAGGUCCAUGCCUCCCAGGAGGAAUGGAACAAGGUUGUCUCGGCGGCCUUCCAGCGCAACAUGAUGGGGCCGGUGGACGAGAGCGCCGUCCCCCGGGACGCGCAAGGCCACCUCAUCACGAAUGGUGCUGGGGCGGUGGAGAAGAGGAAGCUGGUCGGCGGCAAAGAAGUCACGAUGCAGAGAUUCAUCAGCAACUUCGUGCCGAUCAAUGAGUACCUGGAGGCCCUCCCGGGAGACCAGGACUUCCUCCCGUACGUGGCCCAGCUUGGCCUGCUGCUCCUGGAUGACAGCCAGACCCUUAUGAUAGAGUCAGAGGACCUCACCUCGGCCUUCAACUUGUUCCGCAUGCCGGACACCUGGCUCCCAUAUUUCUCCUACGCCAAGAAGGUGCGCGGGCACAUUAUGGGUUCCAACGAGGAGUGGGUCAGGCCGGGGCUGAGGGUCAUCCCUAUGGGGUGGAGCUCCGCGGUCACCAUCAUGCAGGCGGUGCUUAGGAACCUUGUGUUUGACAAGGCAGGGGUACCGGCGAGCCUGGAGAUCUCGAAGGUCAAGGAGAUACCCGCUGAGGGCGGAGCCGUGCUUUACCUUGACUCCUUCGACCAGGUUCGGAUGGUCGACACCACGCUGCGUGCAGUAGAAGAAGGUGUCGCCAGUCCAGAGCAUGAGCGUUUCAGGGCAGCCUGCAAGGAGAGGGGUCUGCCCGUCAACGCCUCCAAGUCCCUCGCUGGAGCACUACGAGGGGGCAUCCAAGGAGGGGUGCUAGAUGGGGACAAAGGAACGAUCUCGGUGGGGAGCGAAAAAGCCGAGAAGCUGGUGCUGGCCACUUUGGGCCUCUUGGCUUCCGCCUCCUGGUCGGAGGCUGCCCUAAGGAGAUGGGCUGGGAUCGCGACCUUUGUGGUCAUCGACGAAAUGGUGACCUUCGUGCUUUUGCUCCCCUUGGCCUCCACCUCCUUGAGGGCCAGAGUGCCCACUGUUGCGCCAGUGGAAGAGGAUGAGCCUGGAGGCGGAGAGGCCAUGGCCCUGAACAAGGUGGCAGUGCUCGCCGCCUUUGGGCCCAACGUCAACGACAAAGAUGAGGCGGACCCGCUGGUUGCGGCCAAGUUUUGGAGUCCGCCCUUCAGCACCUUUGGGUCAGGAGGGCACCUCACUGGGGUGGCCCAUCUCUCCAAGGCUGCCGCCUUUGAAGUGAGGAAAAACUCCCCGGCAGUCCACAAAGCUUUGCACCGGCCCGCGUGCCGAGACCACGAAGAAGAGCACAAGGCAUGGUACGACAGCACAGGGCGGAUUCGGUUCGCCUGCUGCGAGGAGCUUCGCCUCCCCUGGGACCUUUGUGACGCCAUGGCGUUGGCGAUAAAGAGGGAUCUGGCUGAGAUCUGCCCUUUCAUCCCAGGCAAGCUCGCUGAUCGCACCAUGGAGUGGCAGCUGAUGGCGCAGCUUCGUGGAGCUUCCUCGAGCCUCAGAUCACCCGCCGCGGCGGAGGCAGCAUCUGAGGUGAUUGCGCCCAUUGCCCGGGAGAUCUUGGAAGACCCACUGGAACAUCUGCGGAGGAUGCUUAGCAGAGGGCAUUAUCGAGGUACCGAGGUUCGGCUCAUGGCACCAUAUGAGCCAGACAACCUCAAGAUGGUGCCCUACCCGGCGCACCUCUGGAGAUGGCGCAACACGUUGUCCUUCGCCUGGCACAACGAGGACAACAUCACCACGCUAGAGAUGUUGGCAGCUCUAGCGGAGGUCGUGUAUCACAUCAAAGGGCAGGGCACACAGCAAGCGGUUGAACAGGUUGGCUCGACGGAUGAUGGCGGUUCAGCUGGCGGCUCAACUGCAAACGCUGGCGCUAUGGACCAUUUCGGCGUGGAACUUUGCCGAUACUGCGUCCAGGAGGAUCUUGAGCUGCCCAAUUCCGUGAAAGCCCUUGACUCGGCGCUUGGGGAAUUCAUGAAUGAAUCCUUCCAAGAGGGGGACUCACCCGGACUUUAUACUGCCACGCAACUUUACUCCAACUGGAUGAAAGUGUACAAGCCAGCCACGCCAGUCCCGUGGUCCAUGGUCCAAGCUAUGGCAGGAGCUGCCCUUGCCGCUGGCCAAAAACGGCUGGCAGUGGCACUUCUCAUCCAGUUCCAGAAACUGGUAGUCUUCCUGGGGCUGGAAGAAGGCACCUUCCUUCCCUACGGCCUUCGCCGAGGAGGUGCCACUUUUCACUGGCAAACCUCACAGAAUUUUGAAGCUACCAUGAUUAUGGGAAGAUGGCAGGAUCAAAAAACCUGCCGCAUCUACCUUGAUGAAGCCCGCGCACUGCUGGUGCAGCAACAGCUUACUGUUUCUGCCCUCCCUCGCCUCCCUCACUUCGUGCAGCAGUGCCGCCAGCUUCUCUUGAAGCCGUAA